AUGCGUCGUAUAGAUAAUAAACAGGACCACGGAAUUCCAAAGGACGCUCUGGACGUACAAUGCAGAGAAAUCGUGAGGGAUAUAACUAAACAAUCGCUAAGAACGAAAAUUGAAGUUAUGCGAGCGGAAUACGAACGAGCCAACGAUAAGAGAAAUUUAAAAUUUUCUCGUCUACUGAAAGCUGUGGGGGAAGCUAAUGUGCAAGGAAAUCGUGCCACAGAAAAAUUUCUAGACGAUGUAGAAUCAAUGAUGACUCGAUUUAACCAUGAACCUAGGUCUCUUACAGCAAACUUA